AAUGAGUGGCAGGGGCAAGACUGGUGGUAAAACGAGAGCAAAGGCUAAAACUCGUUCAUCGAGGGCUGGGCUCCAGUUCCCGGUUGGUCGCGUUCACCGACUGCUGCGUAAAGGAAACUAUGCCCAGCGUGUUGGUGCCGGUGCUCCAGUUUAUCUGGCCGCUGUGCUCGAAUAUCUGACCGCUGAGAUCCUGGAGUUGGCUGGUAACGCUGCCCGAGACAACAAGAAAACCCGCAUCAUUCCCAGACAUCUGCAGCUGGCAGUACGGAACGACGAAGAGUUGAAUAAGCUCCUUGGAGGCGUCACUAUCGCUCAGGGGGGAGUACUGCCCAACAUCCAAGCUGUGCUGCUCCCCAAGAAGACCGAAAAGGCAGUGAAGGCGAAGUAAUUCCUGCAUUGC